AUGUGCGCAGCCUACUACACGAGGCGCCAGGGGCCGUCAGGGGCUUUUCCGCAGUCUCAGAACGGCGGGGGAGAAAGGAACUUUGUGAAUCAGCUGGGUGGAGGGCAGCCAAUGGGUCCGCAGGGCGGCGUUCCCACGCCGUAUGGCGGCUAUCCGCCUCAGCAGCGCGGCCAGCACUUCAAUCAUCCGCACAAUCACAACAUGGCUGCCUCUCAGCCGAAUCCGGCACACGUCGCUGACCCCAUCCAAGACGGCGACGAAGGCUGGAAAAGUAAAGUCGUCCUGCCUCCGAAGGACAACCGAGUGAAAACUGAGGAUGUGACGCGGACCAAGGGGACGGAUUUCGAGGAGUAUUUCUUGAGACGCGAACUGUUGAUGGGGAUCUUCGAGAAGGGCUUCGAAAAGCCGUCGCCGAUUCAAGAGGAGUCCAUUCCGAUCGCUCUCGCGGGGAAAAACAUCCUCGCGCGAGCAAAGAACGGCACGGGCAAGACGGCGGCCUUCUCCAUUCCUCUCCUUGAGAAGUGUCAAACUUCCAAGCGGCACAUCCAGGGCUUGAUUCUUGUGCCGACGCGCGAGUUGGCGCUGCAGACGAGCGCAGUCGUCAAGGAGAUUGGGAAGCACAUGAACGUCCAGUGCAUGGUUUCGACAGGCGGGACGAGUCUGCGCGACGACAUCAUGAGGCUCUACAACCCGGUGCAUGUCCUCUGCGGCACGCCGGGGAGGAUUUUGGAUCUUGCCAACAAAGGCGUCGCGGAUCUGAGCAAUUGCCACAUGGUGGUCAUGGACGAGGCAGACAAGCUUCUGUCUGCGGAGUUCCAGCCGAUCGUCGAGGAGCUCAUCAAGUUCAUUCCGCACGAAAAGCAGAUCCUCAUGUACUCCGCCACCUUCCCCGUGACUGUCAAGGACUUCAAGAACAAGUACCUGCCCGACGCGCACGAAAUCAACCUCAUGGAGGAACUCACGCUCAAGGGCUUGACGCAGUACUACGCCUUCGUCGAAGAGCGCCAAAAGGUUCACUGCCUCAACACCCUCUUCUCCAAGCUGCAAAUCAACCAGGCGAUCAUCUUCUGCAACAGCGUGACCCGCGUGGAGCUCUUGGCUAAGAAGAUCACCGAGUUGGGGUACUCGUGCUUUUACAUUCACGCGCGCAUGAUGCAGUCUCAUCGAAACCGCGUUUUCCACGACUUCCGGAACGGAGCUUGCCGCUGCCUCGUCUCCUCCGAUCUUUUCACCCGCGGAAUCGAUAUCCAGUCCGUCAACGUCGUCAUCAACUUUGAUUUCCCGAAGAACUCCGAGACCUAUCUGCAUCGCAUUGGGCGUUCUGGACGCUUUGGGCAUCUCGGACUGGCGAUCAACCUCAUCACCUACGACGAUAGAUUCAAUCUCUACCGCAUUGAGAGUGAACUGGGUACGGAGAUUCAGCCGAUUCCCAGCCAGAUCGAUGAAGCGAUUUACACCUAA